AUGCUGUGGGUCGAUCGGUACAGACCGAAGACGCUCGAAGAAAUCGAACUCCAUCCCGAGUUAACCGACGUCCUAAGCCGACUCGCCAAAUCCAGAGAUCUCCCCCACCUCCUCUUCUACGGCCCCUCAGGGAGUGGAAAGAAAACCCGUAUCAUGUCGGUCCUUCACGAGAUCUACGGCCCCAAGGUGUAUUCCCUCCGCCUGGAGCACAAGAGCGUGCAGGUGACGGAUAGCAAAGUGGUGGAUAUCGCGACCAUCAGCUCGCCUUACCACAUCGAUAUGAACCCCUCCGAUGCCGGCAACUACGACCGCGUCGUUGCGAUGCAGAUGAUUAAGGAGAUCGCGCAGACGGUGCCGAUGCCGCUUUCCGCCGCGUCUGAUCCCGACGUCGUCCGCUACAAAGUCGUUGUGCUUAACGAGGUCGACAUGCUCAGCCGGGGCGCGCAGCACGCGUUGCGGCGGACGAUGGAGAAGUACCUGAGAACCUGUCGUCUGAUCCUCACCUGCAACUCCACCUCGCGGCUGAUCGCCCCGCUCCGGUCGCGUUGCCUCGGCGUGCGGGUGCCCUCGCACUCCAAAGAGAAUUUGGCGAGGGUGGUGGGGAAGGUCUGCCAAGCGGAGGGCCUUGGGAUGCCCUCGGCGGCCUUCCUCAACACCCUCGCCCUGCGCGCGGAGGGCAACUUGCGGCGGGGGCUGCUGAUGCUCGAGGCGGCCGCGGCGACGAGGGUGGACUUUGGCGGCGACGGCACCGCCAUCCCGCAGCCGGAUUGGAAGCUUUACCUGGAUGAGAUCGCGAACGACAUCUUCUCCGAGCAGUCCCCGAAAAAGCUGAGUGAGAUUCGACUUAAGUUUUAUGACCUCUUAGCCCAAUGCAUCUCGGGCGAAACCAUCUUGAAAACGCUUGUGGAUAGCCUGUUGGCCACUGUUAUGCCCAAGCUGCACGGUUCUCUGAUCGAGUUAGCCGCCAAGUAUGAUCAUAACAUGAAGCUUGGGACCAAGCCAAUUCUCCAUUUGGAGGCAUUCGUGGCUGGAGUGAUGAAACUCCUUAAGGAGAAUGCUUCUCUGUGA